AUGCGCAGCUUCCUGGGACUCUGCCUGCGCGCAGGACGACCAGGGGAAAAAGAAGGGGCCUCCCGCAGUUCUCCCCGCCUGGCUCUUCCAGACCCCUGUGACCUCACCUCGACGCCCGGCCACACCCCAGGGCCAGGAUCCGUGCCCUUCACCGGCACGACCACGUGUGAAGGAGCCGCAGCAGACGGCAGCCCGCCCGUCCCCACUCCGCGAAGGGGUGGAGUGCAGGGGUCAGGGGGCAGGUCAGGGGGUCAAGGGGAGGGAGUCGUGGAGUGCAGCGGCCGUCGGGGAGGCGCGGGCCACACCGGGGGCAGGAAGACGGGGAGAAGUGGGGUACACAAAUGGCGGGGUACACAAACUGUGGGGAGGGGCGGGGGAUGGCUGGGCGCCCCGGGUACAGCAGGGGUACGCGGGGGAGGGGAAGAGAGGAGGAGGGGGCGGGCACACUGGGGCGGGGCGGGCCCGGCCCAUUGUGGCGGGCGGGUCGGAGGGUGGGGCCCACAGCGGUUCCAGAAUGCCCUAGAAGGCGGAGCCGAGCCUAAGAAAACUUCCGCUCGACAGCUUCCGCCCGGCCGCUUCCGCUUCCGGCUCGUGGCGCGCCUGCGCCCUGGCCUCAGUCGUCUGGGGCCGCUCGGGUUUCCGUUGUGCACGCGGACGCUGUCCCGCCGCGGCGUCCAUGACCCGGAGAUUUCAUCUCGCGACUGCGAGGAGUCUCGGCCCCGCGUUGCCCGGAGGGGCACGCCUCGGAGAUGCCCCCAGCUGUCCGCGCCCCGACCCCCCGGGUCCCCGUGGCGUGUGGGGGCCUCGGAAGGUCCGCCCGCGGUGCCCGCGCCUGGACGGAUGGAGGGGCGAGGUUGCUCGAGAGGAAUCACACAGCAGGCGAGGGAGGGCCUGGGAGUGCUCCCCGGGUUUAUUAGUGUCGCAUCAGCACCUUAA